AUCAACCUCCGUCAAUCAUUCCUCAGGCGUGCUAUAUUAAGCCACAUCUGAGAUAGACUACACCUGACCAUUUCUCCCUGUAUUACAACAUCAUUGCUUUGCCUGACCGAACAAAAGCACACCACCAUUGGAAUCAAAUGCAAUAGAGUGGAUUUAAUCUCUCCUCUCAGCAAGAACAAUGUCCUUCAGCUGAAGACGGUUGUCCCGACUCAUUUAACAAGAUCGGACGACCAGCUGAAUCGACCAGUUCAUGAGGACGGAGUCUGUGAUGUUAUUUGCCGCACGACCUUUCUCGACAUCACUCUAUCCGACCGAGCAGCACUACAGGGAUCUUCACUCGAAGACCAUCUGGCAAGAUGUCGGCGACACCUCGUUCUGAACAACCCCCCAAACACCCCUCGACCAUAACUCGCUUCUACAUUGAUACCCGACCACUCGUCAACGCUUCACCAAAAUCUUUACCAUUACUCUCGACGCUACAGUUCAGUGAACAAGAAUCGAUAACGCGAUUCAUUCGACCCGCCGACAGAUUCAUGUCCUUGGGGAGCGCGCUGUUGAAAUACACAUUCAUACACCGCCAGGCUGGGAUACCUUGGCCUGACAUCCGCAUCUCACGCACACCGGCACCACACAAGCGUCCGUACUGGGAACCACCUGAACUCUGGACGAGAUCUCCAAUCUCGGCCUCUCAAACGGCCCCUACGGAUAACCGUUCCGACUCCAUACAGCCCGAGACGAAAGGUCUCGAAUUCAACGUAUCCCACCAAGCAGGUCUCGUGGCCAUCUUGGGUUGCACGACUCCCACUUCGCAGCUCCCUAACCCAUCAACCUCCAUUUCCCAAGUCACGCCACUCUCGCCCACUUUACCCGCAGGUCGAUUCGAGCAGUUGAGCUUGACGGGGCACCACACCCCUAUCCUCGGCGCCGGCCAGGUUCGUCUGGGUGUCGACAUCGCUUGCACCAACGAAGACAAACGCACACCAAAAGACGUCACCACCCAAGCCAAAUUCGACGAAUGGGUCGACAUAUUCAGUGAAAUGUUUUCGGACCGUGAACGCCGCGACAUGCGUUUCGCUCCCGUCCACGUCCCCGUCUCGGAGCGUGAGGAGGGAGAUUACUACGGGUGGGAGAGCAGCGAUGACUCGUCGGCGUCGGCGUCCGCGGGCCACACUGGAGGGAACCGAGAGGCCAAGAUGAUCGAACAGAAACUCCGUCGGUUCUACGCGUACUGGGCCCUGAAGGAGGCUUACAUCAAAAUGGUCGGCGAGGGCCUGCUGGCGAGUUGGCUGAGGGAGCUGGAGUUUUUGGAUGUCGUGCCGCCGGCCAUCCCUGAGGCCGUUUUAAAAACGAGACGCAAAGAGCGCGGUCGAAGCCGUGGCGGUGGCGUAAGCGAACCGAAUGCGCAAGCGGGGAAUCAUUCGCAUUUACACCCUGAUGCACUACAACACGAAGCGGACAAGUGGACCACCCCCGAAAAGGCCGAACGAGGAAUGACUACCCUGUUCCGUGCAGCGAAAGUCGAGGAUGUCGACAUUGAGCUUGUCGCGUACGACGAGGACUUUUUGAUCGCGACGGCCACGAGGGGCUUGCGAGAGGAGACGGACGGUCCAGAGGGUAGAAGGUGGAUCAGGCUCGAUAUUGAACGGGACAUUAGACCUUGCGCGGAGGGCAGGUGUAGUUGUGUUAUCUAGACUGAGCUUGAAACACGAGGAAACCAUUUGGGAUAGAGGCGGAUGCUGAGCAGUAAAUAGACAUCAAAAUAUCAACUACUUAAGUAGCUUCGUACCUCUACCAACAGUGGACAAACAAUGAUUAGAUAUCUUCUUUUCGGAA